CUAAGUUCAAAGGUAUGUCAAAGUUCGUUAAAAAUACGGUUAGGAGGACUUGUACAAAGUUGUGCAGGUUUUCUUAAUAAAAAUAAGCAAAUUUACAAAGCAAAAGUAACAAUUAUAACAUGGCAGAUGACGAGUUUGAAGGAGAUGAUGUGGGCGAUGAUUUUGACGAUGACGUUGACGACGAAAACAUUGAAGAACUUGAACAACCUGAAGAAGAAGGUGACCAUAUAGAUAUAUUAGCUCCUGGGCAGGCAGGUGGCGGUGUACCAAAAUCAAAACGGAUUACAACAAAGUAUAUGACAAAAUAUGAAAGAGCCAGAGUGUUAGGAACCAGAGCAUUGCAGAUAGCAAUGUGUGCUCCUGUUAUGGUUGAGUUAGAAGGUGAAACUGACCCACUUCAAAUAGCAAUGAAAGAACUGAAGCAACGCAAAAUACCUAUUAUCAUUAGAAGAUACUUGCCAGAUAAUUCCUAUGAAGAUUGGGGUAUUGAUGAAUUGAUAAUAAUAGAUCAUUAAAAAUCUGCCUUCACAACAUACAUGUAAAUUGAGAAAGAAUGUUCAACAUCAAUUUAACAUUUGAGAGACUUUACUUUUUUAU